GAGCCCAUCUUUUUUAUUGUGGCACUCACGUGACCGGACGGCCGUUACCCUCGCAGAAAGGACACCGACACGAGCUCCCGUUAAGUGUCCGUUAAUGCUGUUCACGUGACUGUCUGCGCGGUCACCGGGUCUCCGUUAAACCGCCGUUACGUGUCGGUUGGUCUGAUGGCGGCAGCGCGGAGCCUCGUCUGCACACGCCGCAUGUCAGCAGCCUGCAGCCGGCAGAGCGGCUCCGGACAGGCCGCCCCGCGGGACACAGCACCGAAGAGAUCUAUCUUCAGACCAGAGGCCACCUCCACACAUGACUGGAUCGGUCCCCCGAACCCUCUGUCAAACCUCCGUCCCAUCGUUUACCACGUCCCGGAGAACGAAACCGAGCUGGAGAAACGUCUGCGACACCUGAGGCAGGACACUGAGGACUGGAACCACGACUUCUGGACAAAGCAGAACGUCAUGUUCACCAAGGAGAAAGACGCCUUCAUCUUUUCACAGCUGAAUGCUAAAGGCCUGUCUGUGUGUGAUGAACAAGGACGACGGCGCGCCCUGAACGCUGAAGAAAUGGCCGUCUUCUACAAAAGCUUCCUGGAUACAAACAGAGUGCGACACGCCGAUUAUAACAGAGAAUGGUACCGACGUAACUUCACCAUCACCUUGCUCAUGGCCCGAGUCGCCCUCAACAACAUGUGGAAGACUGUCACUGAUCGACACAGCAGAAAGAAAAGCAGCACUCCUACCACCUGAUGAGAAAUAAAACAUCCACCCACCCUCCCCUCUUUGUUUUGUGUUGUAACACCACUGGGUUCUUCUGUUUCAUAUUCCCCCUCCUCUCUCACACUGACAAAAAAAAGUUGAUUUAUUCCGUCUCUGUAUUUUAAAGUUCCAUUAAAAUUCAGCUGGAAACCUUGAGGAGCUUCACAUCAGCAGGGUGCACUAGACUGCACUUUACUAUAACCCCCACACUGGUUAUUGUUAUAUGUAUCAGUGUUUACUUGAUGCACAGGCUCACUGGAUUCUGCAGUGCAGUUGUGGAUUCACAGAUUUGUGUCACAUCUGGUGGCGUUCACGUUUGAUGAGGCAGCUGACGGUGGAGAAUCUGACGUUUCCGUCUCUCUUCUCGUGUCAGAUUUCUCCCCGUGCUCGAUGCACAUACUGCUCAGUCAUUGAUGCAAUGCAGCCGAGAGAA